UCAAUAUUAUUAUACAGUAUCAGUGUUAUUUCCACGGUGGCAGAAGGCAAAUCCUUGGCUUGAAUUUAAUCCAAAUAAGAAAGCAAUUUGCACUAUUUGUACUGAAGCGUCGAAGAAAAAAUUAAUUUUGUCUUACGAUUCACGCGCUCUGAAGUCAAAGGAAGCCUGAGUCGACACAGGAUUUAACACCUGGCAUAACGCUACGUCCAGAAUCAAGAAACAUUCAACAAGUUCAUUACACAUAGACAGUACUGAAGCUCUAGCAAAACUGAAGACAGUAAACAUUAUUCAACGUUUAUCAAGUGCAACAGAAAAGCAAAUGAUGAAUCACCGGACAGCACUGCGAAAAAUUUUCAGUACCUUAAAAGUAUUAGCAAAACAAGGGCUGCCCUUGCGUGGCAUCAAUAACGAUGAAAAUUCGAACUUUAUACAAAUAUUAAAAGCACGCGCAGAAGAUGUAUCGGAACUGGAAUCGUGGCUGAAACGGAAUGGCCACAAAUGGUUACAUCAUGAUGUGCAAAACGAAAUAUUAGAACUCAUGGUUGCAAAAGUUAUGUCAGAAAAUCUUGCGGAAAUAAGACAAGCAGAAUUCUGUGCGUUACUUUUGGACGAAACUUCUGACUUGUCGAAGAUCGAACAGAUAUCGAUAUGUUUGAGAAUUGUUUCACAAAAUCUUGUGUCGUCAGAAUUUUUUCUCGGAUUUUACUCCACGUCUUCCACGAAGGCCGAAACUCUAUUCCAAAUCGUCCAAGAUGUUUUUCUUCGCUUCAAUUUGCCACUUACAAAACUUAGAGGCCAAUGUUACGACGGAGCAGCGAAUGUUUCGGGAAAAAUAACUGGUUUGCAAACUCGACUCAGGGAAAUUGAACCUCGUGCUUUAUAUGUACAUUGCAAUGCCCAUAACCUGAAUCUUGUGGUCCAGGAUGCCAUGGAAGGAGUUCCAGCUACAAGAAAAUUCAUAGGAGUAGUAAAAGAUAUGAUCAAUUUUGUAAAAGAUUCACCGAAACGUAUCUCGCAAUUUCAACAACUCCAGUCAGAAAGAGAAUCAGAAUCAGAAAGUUCCACGAAUAAAAACUUUGCCCUCGCCGCCUACUGCCCAACCAGGUGGGUCAUGCGAAUAAGUUCUCUGAAAACAGUCCGAGCCAACUACGAAUCACUGAUGAAAUUUUUCAUGGAGCGGAUUACAGAUUGUGAAGUCGACAGCAUCGUCUCGGCCAAAGCAUCAGGAUAUUUUGAACAUAUGAGAACUUUUGAGUUUUUCUUUUUUUUAACAAUGAUAAUUGAAUUACUUGAUCGGAUAGAAAUUUUGAAUAAAGACCUUCAGAACUCGGAACUAAGCGUGAAUGACUCGUAUCGAAAAAUCGAGGGAGUAAUGUAUUAUAUAAAUGUAUCUCGCGAUUCCAAAUUCGAAAUAAUUUGGCAGAAAAGCAAUGACGGAGUAAAAGAAUUAGAUAUUGAUGAACCACAGCUACCGCGUCAACGGAAAAUUCCAAAGCGAUUAGAUACGAGCAAUACCGAGAAUCUUGUUUUUAAAACUCCGAAAGAAAUGUACCGCAAAAUAUAUUUUGAAAUUUACGACCGAGUUUUGACAUCUUUAAACAAUCGUUUUGAUACGGAAGCAGCUCGAUUUCUCAAAUCUUUAGAAGCCUUUGCCGUUGGCGAAUCUACAAAUGUUACAGAAAUUAUCAAUUUUUAUGGAGACGACUUUGAAAAAGAUCGACUUAUCAGCGAUAGGGAUAUGCUUUUGAAUCUGACGAGCAGAAGUAAUGUUAAAGUAUCAAAUUUAAGGGAAAUUGUUAAUUUUUUACGCAAAAACGAAUGGAGUAUGGGGCUCAUUCCCGACUAUGUCAAAUUUAUAAAAUUGCUAAUGACAAUCCCGGGUUCGUCAUGCACCAAUGAAAGAAGUUUUUCUGUUCUUCGGCGAUUAAAAAAUUAUCUGAGAACAACAAUGUUGCAAGAUCGACUUAACCAUGUAGCAAUAUUACAUAUAUACAACGACAUAACUGAUAAACUCGAUAUUGAAAUUUUAAUGGACGAAUUUAUAGCUCGAAAUGUAAAACGUACAACGGUAUUUGCAUUGUCCAAAAAAUAA